GUGUCGCCACUAUGAAAUGACGAAGACGACUUCGUUACUAAAGCUAUGUCUGUCUUUCUUGCGUACGUGUGUUUUGAGUUUUCGUGGUUGUACGGAAGAAAAAGUUAAAUUGUUUCUUAAUUGUGCAAAAACAAUAUGAUUAUUAUAAGCCCUGCCUUUUCCAUGUGGUUAAUGUGUUUUCAAUGUUUACCUUAAAUAAGUAAAAGUACAAAUUUAAUGAUUGAUGUAUAACAAGGACAAAAACAGCUCGAUAGCUGCCCUUCACAAUGGCUGCCAUUAAAACACAGAAAUAUAAUUUCGAAAAAAUAUGUCGAGCUUGUUUGCAAAUAAAAAAGGACAUGCGACCAUUAUUUGAGCAGCUUACUGCGACGAUGUUAAUGGGGAUAUCAAAAGUGCAGGUAGCCGUGGGGGAUGGUUUGCCACCGCAGUUGUGCUUGCAAUGCGUACAUCAGAUCUCCCGCUGCCAUGCUUUUAAGUCUUUGGUGGAGAGGAAUGAUAUUACACUUCGCGAGCAAGCGAAGGCAAUGGCUGAGGAAGCUUUGAACAUAGAGAAAGAGAAAAACCUGCAUUCAGUCUACAGGAACAUACAAUUUAUAGAGGUGCCCAGUUUGAGCAGUAAUAGUACAAGUCAAUUACUAGAUGGAUUCUUUGCGGACAACACAUCCUCGGAGCAGCCUGUGACACAGGAAAUACUGCAGAAGGAAGAAUUCGACGUUGAUAAGCUGAGUCCUAAUGCAGAAACUGCAAGGAAGACCGAAGAAGCAGGCACUAACUCAGAUGAUGAAAACUUACUUCAAAUGGUGGUCUUUCAAGCCACAUCUUCCGUGGCACCUGGACGCCAUGUGUGCAACCUUUGCCACAAGGAGUUCAAACAUGCCAGAUGGCUAAAACUGCAUAUGCGGUCCCAUACAAACUGGAUAAAGGCUAACUGCAAGAAACCACCAAAAUGUCCAAUUUGCGAAAGAACUUUCAAGGGACCAGGAAUGCUAAAGAUGCACAUGCGAACGCACGAACAGCGCCCUCCAAAACAGCCUACGUGCUCAGUAUGCCAACGCACGUUUCCAAGCAAAACGCUACUCUACCGACAUAGGCAAACACAUUUUGAACAAAAAACCCACCAAUGUACAGUGUGCGAAAAGAGAUUCUUCAGUGGAUACGCGUUGCGCUCGCAUAUGGCACGGCAUAGAGGCGAAAGGCCUUACAUGUGCGCUAUAUGCUCCAAAAGCUUCUACAAUCCUACUGAUUUGAAGGUUCAUUUCCGUUUGCACACUGGAGAAAAACCACUAAAAUGUUCUGAAUGUAACAAAACUUUCCGCCGACAUUCAACGCUUUGCCAACAUAUGAAGAAACACCGGGGAAUCAAGAACCACGUCUGCAACAUGUGCCAUAAAGCAUUCUAUGAAGUUUCCAAGUUGAAUGCUCACAUGAGAGUUCAUACAGGCGAGCGGCCUUUCGAGUGCCAGUUCUGCGAGCGCAAGUUCGCACAGCAGUCAGCGCUUAUCUACCACCGGCGCACGCAUACGGGCGAAAAGCCUUACGCGUGUAAGGCGUGUCCUGCACGCUUCACGACCUCCUCUGCUAGGAACAACCAUAUGCUCACACACACCGGCCACAAGAAAUUCGUGUGCCCAGUUUGCUUCAAAGGGUGCACGUCUCGAGCUGAGCUUCGUGUGCACUCCAGCAAGCACACAGGGGAAAAGCUGUUCGGUUGCGAGCUGUGCCCGCAGCGGUUUAGCUCCGCGUCUUACCUUGCGGUGCACAGGCGCUCUCACACAGGAGAGAAGAAAUACAUGUGCGAGGUGUGCGGGAAAGGUUUUAUAGAAAGCAGCGCAUACAAAAAACAUCUAAAAACACACGCGUCAGAUAAGAAAGAAAACGACGAUUCAACCAACGGUAACACGGACACAAACUUCGAGGGCGAAACUACAAUGUCACCGGAGAAGAUGCAAUCGAAACAUGAAAAGAUAGACGAGCACCAGGUAGCGGAAGAAGAAAAGGACAACAAUAUAGUUGCGCUAAAUGGACAGCAGAAGAAGUUCAAGUGUGGGCUGUGUGUGAAGAGCUACACGUACUUGCACAGUCUAAAGAAACACAUGUUGAGUCACGUGCAAAUGUGUGUGUUCAGUCCGGAUGGAUCGGAGAAGCUGUAUGCAUUUAAGCAACAACAAGAGCUCCAACAGCAACAGCAACAGCAACAACAACAGCAGCAGCAGCAGCAACAGCAGCAACAACAACAACAGCAGCAACAGCAGCAGCAGCAUCAUCAGAUGCAGGUGCAACCGCAGGUGCAACAGUUACAGCAGCAAAUGCUGCAGGUCGGCAGCGUGCAACAGCUCACGAUGCCAAUACACGCGCAACACGGAAUAACUGUUUCAGGAGUGCAGGGACAGCAAUACCCGACAGUUUCUUCAAUACAGUCGUUGCAGUUACAACAGACGCAUCAGCACAUAAAUACCCAGCAGCCGCAACUUCAGGUGCAGACGAUACAGAUACACCCGCAGCACCAGCCAAUACAAAUACAUACGGUAGGAGUACAGCAAGUCCAGCAGGAGCAACUACAUGUUGCCACGUCAUCGUGCCAGACCAUGUUGCCGAACAUACUGCAGCUGCAACCAGGCGCCGUGGUGUCAGGUCUGGGGCAAGUGGGAACUGACAUGAAUGGCGUGCACCGCAUCAUCCUAACAGGGCAACCGCCCGCGCCCACACACCCCGCUCUCUACACCAUACACCACUAGACCAUAGUUGCUGAGUAUGUCUCAGAGCAGUUCCGGAAGUCAUCGGCAACCUGAGCGGCCUGCUAAGCGUUUUUUUCCUGGCGGGACCCUCCGGUUGUUUCUAGUUACAAGCCUACCCCCAAGUUGUGGCUAAACUACGACUAUUAAUUCACUGGAAUAAACUGACAUUUACGGUGGUAUCAAAUUUUAAUGGAAAAAAAAAUAGAAUCACUUAUAAAUUACUUAUUAUUGCAAGUAUACAAGAGAUGCGUUUCUGAAAACACAUUUAAAAAAAUAUAUAAAUCUGCAUAUAUUGUUUUUAGUUAUUAAUAUGUGGCCUUACUUUAAUUCAAAUUUAGAAUUAUUGUUAUUAAUUGCUAAAUUUGUAUGGUGCUGACAAAUAUGUUGCCACCGGUUAGAACUCCUACGCAUCCAUUGACGGCUGAUU